CAUCUUUCUCUGACGGUCCUUUCCGCGAUAUUUACGACUUGUUCAAGGCUGCAGCAUUGAAGAGUCGACGGUCACUGCGAGCAUCCACUUUUGCAUCUAGUUGUGAUACAUGCUGUCUCGGACCGCUUCCGAUGCCUCGUUCAUCAUGGUCGGGCAGGAGAAGUCCGUAGAUGCUCUUCCUGCGCAACCGUCUACCUCUGGUUCUACCGGUGUCACCUACGCGCAUGACUGGUCUAGCGCAGGAACUGGCGGCAAGCUUUCUACACACGGACGCCAUUUCGUGGACGCGUACGGCCGUGUCUGCAAUCUGCGGGGAGUGAAUCUGUCAGGGAACUGCAAAACUCCAGUGAAUCAUGACCAUGACUCGUUUCCGGCAAACCAUGCCGACGUGACUUUCGUCGGGAGACCCUUUCCUCUCGAGGAAGCUCCGGACCACCUGGCCAGACUCAGACGUUGGGGGCUCACCUUCGUGCGCUUCCUCAUCACCUGGGAGGCCGUGGAACACUCCGGCCCCGAGGUGUAUGACACAGAAUAUCUAGACUACGUGCGCCAGCUGCUGUCCCUUUUUCCCCAGUACGGCCUCGUCGCUUUCGUGGCUCUGCACCAGGACGUGUGGUCGAGGUACACCGGCGGGUCUGGUGCGCCCGCAUGGACGCUGGAAGCAGUCGGCUUCGACCUACACGGUCUCGAAGAGCCGGGCGCCGCUUGGCUCAAGGGCGUAAAGGGCGGAGGCCACACCGAGGACGAGCGAGGUCUGUGGCCGUGCGGUUACCAAAAACUGGCUGCGGCGACGAUGGCAACCUGUUUCUGGGCGGGUGAUAUGUUCGCGCCGAAGAUGAAGACGAAGACUACGGAUGGACGAGAGGUAUCCAUCCAGCAGUUCUUGCAAGAUUCAUUUUUGAACAUGUGGGAAGUCAUUGCGAGGACCCUCGGCAAUCUUGAGGCGGUAAUCGGUUUCGAGAUAAUGAACGAGCCGCACCGAGGGUAUGUUGAGCUGCAGUCCUUGCACGCGUUCGACUACAACACCGACCUUCACCUUGGCCACGUCCCGACGGCAUUCCAGUCAUUCAUGUUGGGUUCCGGCCACUCGGUCGCCGUUGGCCACUGGACGCGCUCGUUCCCUUUACCCACUCGGAAGACAUCGCAACGCAUCAUCAACACCUCUGGCCAGAAGGCGUGGCGCGAAGACGGGCCGACGCAGGGCAAAUGUCUCUGGGAGAUGCACGGCGUAUGGGGCUGGGACCAUAAGAAGGACGAGGGCGUGGUGCUGCGCGAGAACUACUUCAAGCGCGACCCGCACAGCGGGCGGGAGAUCGACUGGUACACGGACUUCUACUAUCCGUUUGUGAAGAAGUGGGCGGAGCGCGUGCGCAGCGUCACGAGUGAGGACAAGCUGGUCUUCACGGAGCCCAUCCCGAACGAGUUCUGCCCUAGCUCGUGGACGCCCGAGCGUCGGCCGACGAACGUGGUCUAUGCUCCCCACUGGUACGACCUCAACACGCUCUUCAUGAAGGCGUUCGGAAACUUCUCCGUCAACGUCCAGGGACUAUCCCGAGGCAUGUUCCCACUGAAGGCCUUCUACUGGGGCCAGAAGGGCGCGCGGGACAACUUCGCGCUCCAAAUGCGCAACAUCGUCGAAGCCGGCUACCGCUCGCUCGGAGAGACCCCUGUCAUUAUCGGCGAGUGCGGCAUCCCCAUGGACAUGAACAAGGGCGAGGCAUUCGAAACGGACAGGUGGGACUGGCAGACAAAGAUGAUGGACGCGAUGCUCACGGCGCUGGAGCGCUCCCUCGUUGGGUUCACGCUGUGGAACUAUAACCCUGAUAACGACGACCGCCGCGGGGACGACUGGAACGGCGAGAACUUCUCGUGGUUCAGCCAGCGGCGCGCACUGCCGACGUCGUGGCUCGACUACAAGCAGACGUCGCCGACGCUCGACAACGGCGGGCGCAUCCUGCGCGCGGUCGUGCGGCCGUACCCUGCGAAGACGGCGGGCAUUCCGCUGCGGUUCGAGUACGAGAUGAACAACGGGGAGUUCACGUACGAGUGGGCCACACCCGACGACGCGGCCGCGGACACCGGGAAGGCGGCGCUGGCGAGCGUGCACAACCCGCCGCGCUCGAUCCACCCGCCGCUAACGACGAACAGGACGGAGAUCUUCGUGCCUGCGCAGCUCGCGCAGGGGCGGAAGCUGGUCGUGCGCGGGCUCAAGCCGCAGGAUGCGUAUACGUACGACGCCGAGCACCAGACGUUGGCCAUUCUCACGCACGAUAAUGCGCCGGGCACCGUGCAUCACGUCACAGUCGCGCUGGAGCCAGGGCCGAAACCGGCCUUCGACGUGAACGACUUCUGGAGCGACUACGGGACGCAGGUCGCAGGGUCGGCUGUACUCGUGCUGGCCCUGUUGGUGGUGCUGGUGGGGAGCUAUCUUUCUUAGAGGAUUCGAUACCCUGUGGACUAUAGAUGUACGCCGCUGCUGGGCAGGUAUAUUUGCUGAUUUGUCUA